AUGGCUGACCGACCAGAGUCGCCACGCUAUGGAAGACGAUUAUUACAGCACCUCAUUGACGAUAUCGUGCGAGUCGACCCUGAUCGGAUAUUUGCAAGAACGCCGCUAGGCAGGAGCGCGCGCGAUGGAUAUUGUUCAAUUACUGUUCGCCAACUGGCGACAGCCAUCGACCGCGCGGCUUGGUGGAUUAAGGACAACAUGCCGACAACGCUCGACCUUGAAGACAGGCCAGUCUGGGCCUACAUUGGGCCACAAGAUUACCGCUACGAAGUUCUGAUGCUUGGUGCUGUCAAAGCUGGCGUUCUCCUCUUCAUGCCGUCCCCCCGUAACAGCAAGCAAGCUCACCUGGCUUUAUUGGAGCGCUACAAGUGCUCAACGUUGAUGUUACCAGAAGGACCCGUCUUCAGAAGCAUGGUGAGCGAAGUGCUGCAACAGAGAACCAUGCGGUUGCUCGACGUCCCGGAUCUGACGUAUUUCUUCGGCGACGGGAGAAAUAUGCGACCGUUUCCAUGGUCAAUGUCCUACGAGGACGGCCGCACGCAGCCUAUAGCUGGUCUGCAAACAUCAGGUUCAACGGGCAUUCCAAAGCCGAUACCGUUCUGCCAAGCCAUGUUCUCUGCGACGGAUGCGUACCAGCGAUUCUCCGAGCCGCAGAAACGAGGGUGCCUCACGGUGUUCGGAAAUAAGCGCGUGAUUCUUGCGUUUCCAUUCUUUCACGCCGCUGGUAUCAUGCUGGCGUUCUAUGGUCUGAUGUACAAUUAUAUCCCGGUUCUACCGCUCCCCGGCCCGUUAAGCGCGGCCACCAUAGCGGAAGUGAUCAGCCAGGAGGAAAUAGAAGGUGGACUUCUACCUCCUUCCAUCAUCGUCGACAUGUCCGCUGACCCAGCGCUGGUUGAACACUUGCGGAAGCUGCAAUAUGUGGUGUACGGAGGCGGUCCCUUACCUGGUGAUAUUGGAAGGCGAGUCACUGACGCCAACAUGACCCACCUCAUCAAUGUCUUUGGUACGUCCGAAACGGGCUAUACGGUCAGCGAGCUUAUUGGUGCCGAAGAUUGGCAGUACUUAAAGUGGGCUGAGCAUACCGGAAUCGAGAUGCGACCGUACGCCGAAGACCUGCAUGAGAUGGUCGCCGUGCGAAGACCCGAUUUGGAGGACUUUCAGGGGGUCUUCUGCACCUUCCCGCAUUUGGAAGAGUACAAGACUGGCGACUUGUUCUCCGCGCACCCCUCAGAGAAUGGCUUAUGGCAGUUUCGAGGGAGGAGCGACGACAUUGUGGUCUUCUCGACAGGGGAGAAGUUCAACCCGACCACGGUUGAAGAUGUUCUGAAUGGGUUGCCAAUCGUCAAAGCGGCACUAGUGACUGGUGACGCCAGAUUCCAGUCGGCUCUGCUGGUUGAACCCGCUGAUUGGCCCGCGGACGGUACUACUGCCGAUUCGUUGAUAGACGCGCUGUGGCCAACGGUUGCAGAGCUGAACAAGCAAUGCCCAGGCUAUGCUAAGAUGUCGAAGCAGAUGAUACUAAUCGCAAAGCCGGACAGACCGUUCCCGCGAGCUGGUAAAGGUACGGUCCAGCGGCGCCUGGCUGUCAAAAUGUACGAGGCUGAGCUGGAUUCACUGUACGCUGGUUUGGAACGUCGCUCAAUGGUGAACGGUGACACUACGAACCCGAAUGCAGGCUUUGAAGACUUCGCGGAGAGUCUUCGAGGAGCCCUCACUAGUAGUGGUGCUUUCGGCGACCUCUCACUCGAUGAUAACCUCUUCGACAGGGGCAUGGACUCCCUAGGUGUACUCAAUCUCGUUCGUACCGCGCGGUCUUUGACUGGCCGGUAUCAUCUAAAGCGCGAGGUCACGGCGAAAGAUGUUUACGAGAGCCGGACGUUGCGUGAGCUUGCACGCUCAUUACAAGCUCCCAAGACUGAGGCGAAGCCGGCAGCAGAGCGUAUGCAAGAGUUCUACGAGCGGUAUAGUACUGACUUGCCUGUCACGGCACGAUCGCCAGUAUCAGUGCCAUUAGAUGGGAAGAUAGUACUGCUCACAGGCUCUACCGGCCAAUUAGGCUCGUACCUUUUGGCAGAGCUUCUACGCGAUCCGAAAGUGGCGGGAGUAAUCUGCCUGAACCGGACCUCUGACGCCGAACAGCGACAGAGAAAUCGUAUGGUAGAGAGCGGUCUGAGUAGCGACUUCAGCUCGAAGACAGUAUCGUUCCUGCAUGCGGAUUUCUCAAAACCAUAUUGUGGGCUGGAGCUGAAGGCUUACCGACAUUUGCUUGCGCGCGUAAGCAAGAUUAUACACAAUGCCUGGCAGGUUAAUUUCAACAUGCCUCUCGAGCAGUUCAUCCCAACGCAUCUGAACGGCGUACGGCAGAUCAUUGAAUUCUCUGCUCGUUCCCGACACGGCGCAUCCAUAUUGUUCGUCUCAAGCAUCGGAACAAUGAUGGGUUGGACACAGGCUAUGCGGAGAUGCUCGCCGGAUAAUGUUCCUGAAGAGACCGUUGAGGAUUGGGACGUAGCACAGGAGGGAGGGUACGGCCAGUCCAAGCUCGUUGCAGAACGAGUUCUUGACGCGGCCGCGAAGAUAGCAGGAGUGCCUUGCACUGUAUGCCGCGUCGGACAGGUGGCGGGCCCAACGACGUCCGAGGGCAUGUGGCAAAAGCAAGAGUGGUUGCCGAGUCUGGUGGUGUCUUCGGUGCACUUGGGUGCGCUACCGGCCUCUCUUGGGCCGCUGAACAUGAUAGACUGGGUUCCUGUGGACCUCAUGGCCAGAUCGCUUGUGGAGGUAUCGAAUAUGGCGGCCAAGCCAACCCUCAUGGGCGCGGUUGUCUACAACGUUGUGAAUCCACAGAGGACCACUUGGGCGGCGUUGCUACCAAGCCUUCAAGAGCGUCUGGGCCUGUCUGCUGUCUCUCUCACCGACUGGAUCAGUAAGUUGGAAUCCAUCGAUCGUGCGGACACCGCUAGGUACCCUGCUAUCAAGCUUCUCGACUUCUUCAAGGGUCUCAAUGUGCACGGCGAAGACACGGCGCCGAGGUUCGAGACUGCCAGAACUCAGCAAGCGAGCCCGACGCUAGAAAGCCUCCAACCAGUAAACAGCACAUGGAUGGACCUUUGGCUGCGACAGUGGGGGCUACAAGAGGCCUAA